ACCGCCCUACCCGUGAUAGCCGGUCAGCCCUGCUCCCUCCUCCCUCCUCCCGACACUUUCGCCGCCGCCGCUCGAUCCCUUCCUCCUCUCCUCCCGCUGACUUCUCACCCGGCUUAUUCUGAUCCUGUCGUCUUCUUCCCCGCUAUAACACUGAACGCAACUCAACUCAACCAAGGAGCAGCCACCCUCUCUCUCUCUCUCUGUUCCGUAUCCACUCCACCAGAGGAGGCAAGGAAACUCGAUGGGGAACCUCACCCCCGCCCGCCGCAAGGAGCCGCGCUACCCGUCGCCGGAUGGCCCUUCCCCUCCCCGGUUCAGCCCUCGCCCCAAUCUUCCAGCCCCCGCGGCAGCCGGCUCCGUCCCACGCCCGGUCCUCUCCAACGUCGGCCGCGUCCUCGGCCGGCCCAUGGAGAACGUCCGCGCCACCUACAGCUUCGGCCGCGAGCUCGGCCGCGGCCAGUUCGGGAUCACCUACCUCGUGACCCACCGCGAGACCAGGGAGCAGUUCGCCUGCAAGUCCAUCGCCACCCGGAAGCUCGUCCACGAGGAAGACCUUGAGGACGUCCGCCGCGAGAUCCAGAUCAUGCACCACCUCACCGGGCACCGCAACAUCGUGGAGCUCAAGGGAGCGUACGAGGACCGCCACUCGGUCAACCUCGUAAUGGAGCUCUGCGAGGGAGGGGAGCUCUUCGACAGGAUCAUCACCAAGGGCCACUACUCCGAGCGGGCGGCGGCGGCUCUCUGCCGGGAGAUCGUCAACGUCGUCCACGUCUGCCACUCCAUGGGCGUGAUGCACCGGGAUCUGAAGCCCGAGAACUUCUUGUUCUUGAACAAGAAGGAGGAUUCGCCGCUCAAGGCCACGGAUUUCGGGCUCUCCGUCUUCUUCAAGCCCGGAGAAAUAUUCAAAGAUCUUGUCGGAAGUGCAUUUUAUAUUGCCCCUGAAGUAUUGAGACAACAUUAUGGAGCAGAGGCUGAUAUCUGCAGCGCUGGAGUGAUGCUGUACAUCCUUCUUUGUGGUGUCCCUCCUUUUUUUGCAGAGACCGAGGAGGGUAUAUUUGAUGCUAUAUUGCAUGGCCAUAUUGAUUUCACAUCUGAUCCCUGGCCUUCUAUAUCUAGCAGCGCUAAAGAACUUGUCAAAUUGAUGCUAAGACCAGAUCCAAAGGAGCGGCUUACUGCAGCUGAAAUUCUCAAUCAUCCAUGGAUGAGAGAAGAUGGUGCCUCUGAUAAGCCACUUGACCUUACUGUUAUGAAUAGAAUGAAGCAGUUCAUGGCCAUGAACAAGCUUAAGAAAGUUGCGUUGAAGGUUGUAGCUGAAAGCUUGUCAGAGGAAGAAAUAAUGGGUUUAAAAGAGAUGUUCAAAUCGAUGGACACUGACAAUAACGGGACAAUAACUUUUGAAGAAUUAAAAGCAGGCCUUCCCAAGUUGGGUAAUUUGGGAAUCAAGAUCUCUGAAUCUGAAAUUAGGCAGCUGAUGGAGGCGGCUGAUGUUGAUGGAAAUGGGAGCAUUGAUUAUAUUGAAUUCAUAACAGCUACAAUGCACAUGAAUAGAAUGGAAAGGGAAGAUCAUCUGUACAAAGCGUUUGAGUGUUUUGAUAAAGACAAAAGCGGGUACAUCACAGUCGAGGAAUUGGAGCAAGCUCUCAAGAAGUAUAACAUGGGUGAUGAGAAAACAAUAAAAGAGAUACUCGCAGAAGUUGACAUUGACAAGGAUGGAAGAAUUAAUUAUGAUGAGUUUGUAACUAUGAUGAAAAAAGACACUUCAGAGGCUAUCGAAACCAGGUGUCGUAAGAUGUGAUUUUAUCGUGAUAUUGGAAGAAAGAGCACCUGGAGUUGCAUUCUAAAGCAGAAGCAAUCUGGAAUUUGGUUACGAUUGCCGAUUUUUGAGAUUUUAGCAAUCUGUAAACCCAACACCACGUAUUCUUGCUGAUUUCGCGCAUUUUGUAUAACUAUUCGUGAUGUCUUGUUGAAUUCGUCUGAAACAGCAGCUGAAUCUGUUCAUCACUGUGCUGUUGGUCUUCAUCAGAGUUGUUUGAAUUAGGUAAUUAUUUUUGAACUUUUCUCUUUA